AGACCAAGCGGUGGAAGACCGGUUUCUCUUUGGUUACCAACUUAAGAGGACCUCCGCAGCUUGCUUUCUUUUCUCCGCAACCACUCACUCGAGCUUUCUUCAUCUUUUAAUGCUCUUGAGAUCUGAGUUUCUUCGUUUUCAAAUUAAGAAAUUCGAAAUUUAACAGGAUUCGAUGGAUUUGGCAACGAGUCAAGCGGAAUUCGACUAUUUGUUCAAGUUGUUGUUGAUUGGUGACUCAGGAGUUGGAAAGAGUACUCUCCUUUUGAGUUUCACCUCCAAUACCUUCGAAGAUCUCUCUCCCACGAUAGGUGUGGAUUUCAAGGUGAAAUUAGUCAACAUCGGAGGAAAAAAGUUGAAGCUUGCAAUAUGGGACACAGCUGGUCAAGAGAGAUUCAGAACGUUAACAAGUUCAUACUAUAGAGGAGCACAAGGGAUCAUAAUGGUUUAUGAUGUGACACGGCGUGAAACAUUUACAAACCUUUCUGAUGUAUGGGCAAAGGAAAUCGAUCUCUAUUCAACAAAUCAAGAUUGCAUUAAAAUGCUGGUUGGAAACAAAGUAGAUAAGGAAAGUGAAAGGGUUGUCACAAAGAAAGAGGGACUUGAAUUUGCAAGGGAAUAUGGAUGCCUUUUUAUUGAAUGUAGUGCUAAAACAAGAGUUAAUGUGGAGCAAUGCUUUGAGGAGCUUGUCUUGAAGAUCUUGGAUACGCCUAGUCUCUUGGCUGAGGGUUCAACUGGAGUGAAAAGGAACAUUUUUAAACAGAAGCCUCCACCAACUGAUGCAUCGACCAGCACUUGUUGCUAAUAUUGAUCACCGGCCAAGAUUUCUCAUUUAUCCAACUGCAGCGGUUUCAGUGAUUGUGGUGGUGGUUUCUUUCCAGGUCACUUGUGUAAUCCAUGUUUGAUGGGGAAUUGUAAAGUUUGUUGUGAUUGCGCAUUCUUCUCAUAAGUUAUUUGUGAAUACUGCAACUAUUAAGUUUGAUGUAGCGCAUGCUUCUCAGUUAAUUCCAGAAAUUCACGAGUUUCUGUUUAAUCUUUUCCUUGUUUCUUGGCCACUGCUCCAAGUUAUAAACUUAUGAGGAAGUAAUCAAUUAAAUCUUAGAAA